AUCGGGCUGGGGGUGCCCCCUUUUCCUUUCUGCCCCCUCGCCUUCGCCACCCCCACGCUCAUGCAGAGAUGGAGUUUGACUCGUACCAACACUACUUCUACGACCAUGACGCCCAAGAGGAUUUCCACCGCUCCACGGCUCCCAGCGAGGACAUCUGGAAGAAGUUCGAGCUGGUCCCCACGCCCCCCCUUUUCCCUCUGGGGACCCCCGGGGAAAAGGCCUGCUGCUCGGGGGCGGAGGAGCGCUCGGGCUGGCUCUCCUGCUGCUGCCUGCCCGGGGAAGAGCCGGAGUAUCUCAUAGGGACGGGGGAAAUCUUCGGGAACCUGAGCGCUUUCAUCCUGAAGGAUUGCAUGUGGAGCGGGUUUUCAGCCCGGGAGAGGUUGGAGAAAGCGAUGACAGAGAAACUUAGCACGGGCACGCAGAGGGCUACCCCCCACAAACCCUCCUUCGCCCAGGAUUUGGGGUUCAGCAGCUCGGUAAGCGAGUGCGUGGAUCCCGCCGCCGUCUUCCUUUGCCCGCUGGCCGAGAGCAAGAUCCCCGCGUCCUCGGGAUCCGAGGACCAAAGCGAUUCUGAAGGUGAAGAGAUCGAUGUGGUGAUGGUGGAGAAGAGACAGCCCCUCAGCCUGAGGAAGCCAGUGACCAUCACGCUGCGCGCCGACCCCUUGGACCCCUGCAUGAAACGCUUCCACAUCUCUGUCCACCAGCAGCAGCACAACUACGCCGCCCGCUCCCCGCCCGAUCCCUGUCCCCAGCCAGAACCACCCCAGCGGGACGAGGAGGAGCCACCAAGUGCCCCAGAGCCAGCCCCUGCUGUCACCCUGCCCGAGCCCAGCCUGGCAAAGACCGGCAGCAGCCCCAGCUCCGACAGCGAGGACGUGGCCAAGAGGAAAAACCACAACUACCUGGAGCGCAAGCGGCGCAACGACCUGCGCUCCCGCUUCCUGGCCCUGAGGGACCAGGUGCCCGGGCUUGCCAGCUGCCCCAAGACCCCCAAGGUGGUGAUCCUGAGCAAAUCCUCCGAGUACCUGCAGUCGCUCAUCAGCGCCGAGAGGAGGAUGGCGGCCGAGAAGCGGCAGCUGCGGCUGCGGCAGAGCCAGCUGCUCAAAAGGAUUGCUCACCUCAAGGGGCACUAGCACCCCCAAGUGCCCCCAGACCCCACCCUGGUCCCCACCACCUCCUGGCUCCCUCUCAAUUUGCACAUUUUUAUGUUUGUCUUUUUUUUAUUUGUUGGUUGGUUGUUGAACUGUUGCUCCCUGGGGGCUGGAGCACACGGCGGGUGCUGCGUGUGGGGUGGCUGUGGUGGGGGUCCCAGCUGUGGGAAUGGGGCCCACAGUGGGUCCCCCCCACAGCAUCACCUUCCUGGGGCUGGCUUCUUGGCACUGGGGGUUGCAGAAUUUCCCCUGUCCCUCCUAUGAAGCUUUCUCAAGUGACUGCUUCUAUUUGUGGGCUCAACGCUACCCCCCUUCCCCAGCACCCCUGUUUGCCACCGACAGCAUCGCUGGGAGUUGCCCCAGGACAUCCAUCUCACCCUGAAAAUCCCAAGCAACCCUGAUCUGCUUCUACUCAGGGAAGCAGACACAGAGACCACCACGGGGCUUGUCUCUGGAUGGAUCCCCAUGGAGUUGGUGAUGGCAGGAUCUCUCCCACGGGGGUUAAGAGCACCCGUGGGUGAUCCCCUUGCUCGGCUGGACCGUACCUCACUUUCUUACCACUUCAUGCAGUAGCUUGUCUUGGGUUUUAUGUUCUAGAAACUGCUGCUGUAACUGCAAGUCUUAUACUGGAGGCUGUUUUUAUACUGUAUUUUUGUACCACUUUUUGAGAAGUAUUGGUAAAGAG